AUGAAACCAGCCUUAAACUGUGAACAGAAUGAAAUUAAACUUGGAAGAAAGCUGUGCAAACCACUAGGUUUUAAUCCUGCACCUUUUGAGAUUAAUGUGAACAUCCCUAUAGUACUCAGAAGGUCACUCCAGAAGAAGAAUCAAGGUGAGGCACGGCUAAUCCUGCAGCCGAGGCGGCCUUUCCUUUCGCCCGGUUCCUCGCUGCAGCGAUGCCGCGGCGGGGCCGGGUGUGCCGGCCCGGGACCCCCUCAGUGCCGGCCACACCCGGGGGCUGUGGGGCCGCCGGGGCAGAACCGGCGCUUCUCCCGCUCCCAGCGCGGUGAGGCUCCCAGGGAAGCCGGGGAGGCCGCUCGAGGGCAGCGGGAAUCGAUGCGAGGCGAUGGGAGCGGCUGCGGGCGCCGCCUGCGGCCGCUGAAAGUUCCCCAAAGUCGGCCCCGGCGGGGCGGAGCGGGGCCGGCAGGGGCCGCGCCCCCGCCCCUUCCCCGCGGAGCGCGGCCCGGCCUCCCCCGGCAGGGGCGGGCUCGGGGCGGAGCGCUCCGCGCCGGGCCGGGCCGGGCCGGGCGGCGCCGGAGGGCCGGGGGAGCUGCUGCACCUGAUACACCGGGGCGGGAGCGCGGCGGAGGAGGGCGGGAGGGAGCGGCGCUGCCGCCGCCGCCUGCGAACGCCUCUCGCCGCCGUUAG